AAGCACACUUCCUUUGUACUAUGAGUCUUGCUUUAUGAGAUGGGGCUUUGUCGGCGUGCUUGUAGCUUAGAAGUAUUAAAGAAAGUUUGUAAACAUACCUUACCAUGGUCGCCCGUUUUUCCCUUACUGAAUUCAUUUGACGGCCAGAAAUUAUAUAACUUCGCUACUUGUAGAAGCAAGUUAUCUUGUUCAACUUCAAACAAUUCUAAUAAUAAUAUACUCAAGCAUCGCCAGUUAGAAGCUUCUAGACUAUUUAACUUAUUUACGAAAUCGGAUAAAAUAGACCAUAACUCUUUCAAGUCCAUACUCUUUGCACUUGGCCAAAAUAUUACACAGCAAGAAAGCGCGCAGUUAGCCGACUCCUAUAAAGAAGGGCUCGAUUUUACCACUUUUAUGAAAUAUUGUGAUGAAAACGUUAGUGAAACAAAUUAUUCUACAGAGGAAAUACAAAAAGUUUUUGAGUUAUUUGACAGAGAUGGGAGCGGGGAGAUUGAUUCUCGUGAAUUAGCGUCUGUUUUAAACACUUUUGGGAGUUUACUAACGGAAGAUGACGCUAAGGGACUUAUUAAAGUUGCGGAUCGGGACAAUAACGGAAAAAAUCUCUUUUAAAGAAUUUUGUUUGUUGAUCAAGGAUGGACUCGUGGGUUGGCGACUCCGCACGGGUUACCGCGUGAUCUUCCUUAUCGGUGGUCCUGGUAGCGGAAAAGGCACUCUUUACCAAGAAAUUUCUCAACGUAUAAAUUCUGCUCAUGUUUCUAUCGGAGAUCUUUUGCGGAGAGAAAUGGAAUUUAAGACUCCAUUAGGCGUACAUGUAGAAGAAGUUAUGAGGGAUGGAAAGUUAGUGGACUCUGCCAUUAUUAUUCGACUUUUGCGCGAUACACUUCAGAAGUUGCCAGGAAAGCACGUGUUUGUUGAUGGAUUUCCGCGAUCCGUCCAAAAUGCGAUUGACUUUUACGCAGUUUGCGGAGUUCCGGAGUGUGCUGUGUGGCUCGACGUAUCGGACGAAGUUCUCGUGACGCGGCUUUUGAAUCGCGGACUUUCCAGCGGAAGAAUAGACGACAACCGAGACGUUAUUUCAAAACGCCUGCACGUGUACCGCACAGCGAUUGAACCUCUUCGAGCACAUUUUAUUCGAGUCGGGCUUCCUGUUUACGUGAUCGACGCUUCCAAGUCUGUAGAACAUAUGACUCAGCAAUUUUUUGAGAUACCUUAUUUUAAGCGGAAGAUGGUAGAGGAGAAGCAUAAAGACUAAAGAAAAGAUUUGGACAGAGUGAUUACGAACCCUAACGAAAAAAAAACACUCUGUAAAGGGUUGGUCUAGCAUAAAACGUAAGAGAACAGCGGACCGUUCCGCUGUAUAGAAGAAUCUUUGUUAUAAAUCC